AGGAAGUUGAAGCUAAUUCAACUGAUUUCAUUCCGUAGCUUGCUUGCUUUCAAUUAGUUGUUUGUACUAAAUUCAUAUCGAAUUUAUAAAAAAUAAAGUUGUCAAUUUGUAAAAAAUUAUGGUUACAGAAGAGGGUUUUGAACAGUUCGAAGAUGAAGAAGCCGAAAUUCCGAUUGGUGGAACUUUACCCGGAGGUAGAAAACGAUUGUUUUCAAAAGAAUUGCGCUGUAUGAUGUACGGUUUUGGAGACGAUCAAAAUCCAUAUACAGAGAGUGUGGACUUAUUAGAAGAUUUAGUUAUUGAGUUUAUUACCGAAAUGACACACAGAGCUAUGGAAAUUGGACGUACUGGUCGUGUUCAAGUGGAAGACAUAGUAUUCUUGGUUAGAAAAGAUCCAAGAAAAUAUGCGAGGGUAAAGGAUCUUUUAACAAUGAAUGAAGAAUUAAAGAAAGCUAGAAAAGCAUUUGAUGAAGUUAAAUAUGCAGAAUAACAUCAUUGAGACUUACUCCUUGGUAUGAAGAACCACACAACCC